UACUCAUGGUCACCAACUCAGCACUUCAAUGAAGAAAGAUACUCCCCUGCUCCUAGGAAUAUGAAAGGAUUAUCUGGAAGUCGAACUCAACCACAGUUGUGUUCUGGUCAUACUUGUGGCUUAACGGUGCCUGACGACUGUGAGCAUACCCAUGACCACAUCCACCAUGGGCAGGAGGCCAGGCAGUCGUACCUGCUCAGCCCGACGGAGAGCUGCCCCAUGGACCACCACCGCUGCUCCCCCCGGAGCUCCAUCCACUCGGAGUGCGUGAUGAUGCCCAUGAUGCUGGGCGACCACAUGUCCAGCAGCACCUUCCCCAGGAUGCACUACAGCUCGCACUACGACACGAGAGACGACUGCGCCAUGUCUCAUGCCAGCACCAAAAUUAACCGCAUCCCAGCCAAUCUCUUGGACCAGUUUGAGAAACAGCUCCCUCUCCACAGGGACGGGUUCCACACGUUGCAGUACCAGAGGACUUCAACCGCCGCAGAGCAGCGCAGCGAGAGCCCGGGGAGGAUACGACACCUCGUCCACUCUGUCCAAAAACUCUUCACCAAGUCGCAUUCCUUGGAAGGCUCUUCCAAGAGCAAUAUCAACGGGACCAAGGGUGACAGCAGGGUGGACGACCACCACCAUGGCCACCACUCCAAACACAGUAAAAGGAGUAAAAGCAAGGAGCGGAAGCCCGAGGGCAAGCACAGAUCCGGCAUGAGCAGCUGGUGGAGCUCCGACGACAACCUGGACAGUGACAGCACCUACCGAACGCCCAGCGUGGUCAACAGGCACCACAUGGACCACAUCGCCCACUGCUACCCCGAGACGCUGCAGAGUCCCUUUGGGGACCUCUCACUGAAGACUUCCAAGAGUAAUAACGACGUCAAGUGCUCCGCCUGCGAGGGCCUGGCCAUGACCCCGGACACCAAGUACAUGAAGCGGAGCUCCUGGUCCACACUCACGGUGAGCCAGGCCAAGGAGGCCUACCGCAAGAGCUCCCUGAACUUAGACAAGCCCCUGGCCCACCAGGAGAUCAAGCCUGCCCUGAGGCCGUGCCACUACCUCCAGGUGCCUCAGGAUGAAUGGGGAGGGUACCCCACUGGUGGCAAAGAUGAGGAAAUCCCCUGCAGGAGAAUGAGAAGUGGGAGUUAUAUUAAAGCCAUGGGAGAUGAGGAGAGUGGAGAGUCAGACUCUAGUCCCAAAACAUCACCAAAGGUAGCAAUCCGCCCGGAGCCCUUGCUGAAGUCCAUUGGACAGAGACCACUUGGAGACCAUCAAAC